AUGCAAGGCGGAGUGCAUCAAGGUAUCGUCCGUCGUCAAGUCUUGCCCCACACUCCUGUUUCUCCACUCGAAAUUCAGUCGGACUCUGAACUCGAUCAUGUGCUUGAGGCUUCGCGCAUUGCCGACAACGAGGCACCCGACGGCGGGCGUGGCUGGGUAGUAGUUGCAGCCUGCGCAGUCGUCACCUGGUGGUUUGUCGGCACCAGCUACAGCUGGGGAGUGAUGCAGAAUGAGUUGGUGGCUGAGGGUGUCGGUUCUGCCGCCACAUUAGCGUUCGUGGGCUCAUUGUCUGCCGCUUUGAUUAGUGCGCUGGCGAUCGUGAACGCCCGUAUCGUUCGACGCCUAGGCUCGCGCCGUACGGCCAUGAUUGGCAUCUCGUUUGUCGGCCUUUCUGCGCUGACGAGCAGUUUUGCAGUCAAAAAUAUUGGUGGCCUGUUCUUUACCAGUGGAGUUCUUCUUGGACUUGGGCUUGGCCUUUGCUUCAUGACUGUUUCGAUUACCCCAGCUCAGUACUUCAACCGUAAACGGGGACUCGCAAAUGGAAUCGUGUUCGCUGGAGGUGGUCUUGGCGGUGCUGUCACAAGUUAUGCCUUGGACAUCCUCAUCCAAAAAUUCGGCUUGGCUUGGACUUAUCGGAUCCUUGGCUUCGCAACUUUGAUGACCGGCUUGCCAGCAGCAUGGUUCAUCCAAGAACGUGUGGCGAUACGCACCGGGGUUCUUAUCGAAUGGCGUCUGUUCCAAGAUACAGGCUUUCUUCUGAUAUUCACAGCUGGUGCUCUUGGAACCUUUCCUCUCUUCGUUCCGCCGUUCUUCAUACCGCUCUAUGCCAGUUCCAUGGGGCUCUCGUCAAGUACCGGGGCCGCACUCUUAGCAGCAUUCAACUUCUCUUCUGCUAUCGGACGAAUCCUCUGUGGAUACUGCUGCGAUAAGCUGGGCGCGUUGAAUACUCUUCUGGUCUCUCUCAUGCUCACUGCAGCUAGUAUGCUAGCAUUGUGGCCCAUUUCAACUACUCUGGCACCUUUGGCUGUAUUCGUGAUUUUGAACGGUGCCGCUAACGGCGGAUUUUUUGCGACUAUGCCCACUGUCGUUGGGAAAACCUUUGGAUCCGCUCGCGUCUCCGUCGCAAUGGGCAUGGUUGUCACAGGAUGGGUCGGGGGAUAUUUGAUGGGGGCACCGAUUGCUGGCUAUCUGCUAGAUGCCUAUGGCGGAAGUGAUUCUGGCUUGCAGCCGUAUCGUCCGGCCAUGUUCUACGCUGGAUCUCUCGCACUCGGCGCGGCUGGUCUAGUUGCGUCUAUGCGAUUCCGCGUGACAAGGAAGAUCUUUGCGCGCAUUUGA